UUUCUCUUUGGCUUAGCAGCAUCUCAUGUCUUUGGUAUAAUGAUCAAAUUCAGUAGGAGUUUUGAAGCAGACGCUGCCAUUUCACUGGGAUAGAGGAUUGGCCUCCAAAUUCUGCUCAACCUGAACUGACCUGUGACACCUGCAACAUGGAGGCUGACUAUUCCAAGCGAGUGUAUCAGGGGGUCAGAGUCAAGCACACAGUCAAGGACCUGCUGGCAGAAAAGAGGUCGCGACAAACAAAUGGGCCACGCUUCACUGGGGUGUCAACUCCUCAGAGCCCGUUUGUCCAAAUGACAGGCUCCCAUGUGCUUCCAGGAUACUACAGCAUGAGAAGGCCAUUCAUUUCUGAAGCAGAGUUUUGCCCUUCGAGCAAGCAGUUCUCCACUGAUGUGUACUCCUCACCACUGACAGGGAAGUCCAUCUCCUGUGACACUACGUCUACGUCCAGCUACUCGUCCCUCAUAGACAGUUACUACCCGGAGACUUUCAGUGACUACCGCAGUGCUGCCCUGUCCAGUGGAGGAAGCACCAUUUUCUCAUCUUCUGCAUUGUCCACUCUGCUGCCCCCUUUUCCUGGAGAUACUUCACAUUUUGUGCUGAGGGAUUCCUGGGAGCAGGCUGGGACGGAGGCAGUGGAGGGUCUGUGCGGCGAUGGCCUGGCUCCCGCGCCGAUGGCCAUGCCGGUGACCAGCUCCCUGACUGGCUCGGAGCCGUCCAGUCCCAGCCAGUACCGUUCGUCCUCCAGGAGCGCCAGCAUGCCUCAGUUCUACUCCCUGCACACCCUGGAGGAUGUUCAGUAUCACUCGUCCUUCCAGCCCACGGCCAGCAGCUACACGUGCCCCUCAUACAUGACCGCGUCCAGCGAAUCUGCAGCCAAAAUGCCAGCCCUGUCCACAGAAGAGACUGAGAAUGACCCUCCAGCCCUGAACGAGACGAUCCCAUGGGCCAAAGAGGAUGCCACUGGCACCUGGUCACAGUAUGAAAUGCGGAGAGCUUUCUGAUAAACCUCUGACUGAAUGGUCGUGAAAGCUGUCCUGCUUUAAAAGCUCUUUACAAUUUGUCCUUUUAUCGGACACACAUCAUCUACCUGGGCCAGAUUGAUAAUAGGAGGGACAUUUCAUUUUAACUUUAUUCUUAAUUGCAAGUUGAGUGCAAAUGGCAGGAUUUAUAUUAUAUUUAUAGCAAAAUGAUUUUUCAAUAUGUCUACACUUAUAAAGAUGGUUCUUCGAGGAUUCUUUAGUAGAGGGAAUGGAAUCUGAGAACCAUUUCACCAUGCAAAGAACCAUUUAUCAUGAACUGGUUCUAAAUAGAAUCAUUCCUUUUACUAAAGAACCCUUGAGAGCCAUCUUUUUAAGAGUGUACACAAUUCAAUUUUUAAGAUGUAAACAAAGUCAUUUAGAGUGGUUUGAUGUUAAACACAUCAUCAUGGCGAAACUUCAGAAGCCAGAAUUGUUCGCAGUGGUGGUGAUGGGAACCAGACAUCUUAAGCUGUUUAUGUCGCUAAAAGCUCCCUCACAGAAAGUUAUUGCAUGAAAUUAUGUUAUGAAUAUGUUACCUGAGGUGAUAUUUUUGAGAAGGUUUUGGUGUAAAACAUAUUUUAGUGAUAUUAAUUGUAGAGAGAUGUAUUCAUGGUGUUGUGAGGCAACAUAGUACCCAAAAAAUGUGUCCUCUUUUCAGAUUGUCUGCAAUUUUACCAUCAUCAACAUUACAUAUAAAAAGUCAGAAAGCAUGUAGGGUCACUGGUCCACAGCCCUUUACAUUGUAGAUAUCAUGACCUCUGGUUCCUAAUCACCACUAUUGUAACGAAAAUUUUCAGAGCCUGUAAAUUCCAAUACAAUGACCCAUUUCACAUCAAACCACUCAGAAUGACUUUGUUUACAUCUUAAUGAUUAAAUUAUCCUAAUUUCUUUUACCAAUCAAUGCAAUUCCCCCUUAAAAAUAAAGGUUCCAAAACGGCUCUUGGCUUCGAUGUAUGACUCCAGGACAAAUCUUUAAUUGGCGUAGAACCAUUAUGUUAUGUGCAUGUUCUUUGAAAUUUAUUUUCACAUAUCUCAAUUACAAAAGUAGUUCUUCCUGUGAAAUGUUCUUUAGGGAACCAAAAGUCAUCAUUCCAAAGAACCGUUUUUGGCACCAUUAUUGUUUAAGAGUGUGCUAAAAUAUUUCUCUGAUAUAUCAACAUUAAUAAGACUCGAUUGUACUUGUGGAUUGCAAUUCACUGUAGCUUCUUUUCUAUUGUAAACAGAGAAAUAUUCAUCUAAUGAAAUAUAAGCCUCCUGAUGUGUAAACAUAUGUGUUGUACAUGUUUUAGAUGCUUGUUUAAGAUAUUCAUAUUCACAGAUGAGGGGGCAUCAGGGCAGCAGGCUGGGAUGACGUUCUAACAAUGUUGUCUACAUUGUAAAUAAACAGGAAAGCUAAAACAAGGAUGAACAAAGUUGUCAAUGCAAUCAAUCAGUAACAUUUACCUUUAAUGACGGUCUGCACAAGUUUUUCACUUCCAGAACUAGUUAACUUAUA